AUGGAAAGAUUUGGAGAUGAUGCCUUAGGAUUAAUUCUCAAAUGGGUUGAUGACCCAAAUGACAGAAAAUCAUUUUCUCAGGUAUGCAAACAAUGGCUGAGAGUCGAGGGUCUGAACCGACUAUCUAUCCGUGUUUUUGAACCUGAUCUUCUCAUUAAUUUCUUACCCAGAUUCCCAAAUUUAGUCUCUUUUCAAUCAAAAAAAGUAAUUACCAAUGCCAACAUCGAAUUGGUGUCUAAAACUUGUCCUAAACUUGAGGUUCUCAAUCUUAAUUAUAGCGAAUUGCGUUGUAAUUUGGAUGAAUUUGAUGAUAUGCCUGGUUUGGAUGAUGUUAAUGAUUAUGGUUUAUGUGCUUUUGCAAGUGCUUGUAACAAGUUAACCAAUGUGUUGUUGAGAAGGAGAUGUCGAAUUGGAAGUUUAGGAGUAAUUUCACUAGUUCAUUUCGCCAGAAAGUUGGUGAAUUUGGAUUUAGGAAGAUGCAAUAAGAUUACAGAUGAAGCUCUACAAGCAAUUGGGUCGGCAACUUCUUUGCGAGUUUUGAAUUUGCAAGGUUGUUGGUUGAUUACCGAUAGGGGUUUGGCUUCAUUGGCAAGUGGGUCUUUGUCAAGGACCCUGAAAAAGUUGGUAAUUGCUGAAUGUGAUCGAAUUACGGAUGAUGGGUUGUUGCAUUUGAGGGAGUUUCAUUGCUUGGAAGAAUUGAAUUUAGGGGAGUGUGGACCAAAAGUGACCGAUACUGGGGGAGUGGUGAUUGCUGGAAUUCAAACUCUGAAGAGAUUGAACUUUUCUUGGUUGAUAAAUUUAUCGGAUGCUACGCUUGUUGCUCUUGCUCAGAACUGCUUGAAUUUAGAGGCGGUUGAUCUGACGGGUUGUGAGUCAAUUACUGGUUAUGGAAUCCGUGCUUUUGUGAACCAUGAGGCUUUGAAAGAGCUUGUGUUGGUUAGUUGUCAUCAUUUCUCAGGGGAGGAUUUGGAAGAGAUGGUGCUUGGAUGCCAGACCUUGAGGUAUAUUAGGCUUGAUAAAAGACGCAGAAUGUGGAUCCCAAACGAAAUACAAGAGAUUAUUAGCAAUUCUUUAUGUUGGUUAGAUUGGACAUGA